GUGUGCAGGGGGUGUUCCUAAGGGGGAUCUUUGCCCGGGGCUCUCUCCUGGCAGACAGCGGCGAUGCCGACGUGGAGCUCCCGACCAUCCGGCACCAACCCGAGGGGCUGGAGCAGCUGCUGGCUCGGACCAAGUUCACCAAGUCGGAGCUUCAAUCCCUCUACCGUGGCUUCAAGAACGAAUGUCCCAGCGGCCUCGUGGAUGAGGAAACCUUCACACUCAUCUACUCGCGGUUCUUCCCUCAAGGCGACGCCAGCUCCUACGCCCACUUCUUGUUCGACGCCUUCGACGCCGACCGCAACGGGGCUCUCUGCUUCCAGGUGGGAAUUCCUGGCGGGAAUGGCUGUGCCAGCACC